CCGCCGUCCUUAUAACUCGCCACUGGGCGCUGCGACGUGCGUAGUUAGCCGCGGGUGCAGUUUUUGGGCAUUUUCUGCUGGCUUCACGUCGUUCCCCACAGUCGCAUUGCAUCAUUACGUCCUGCGCGCCUUCCUCCCACCUCCCACCACACCUUCCUCGAUAGAUAGGUCACCGCUUCCUCGACCUCGCCCUCGGGCUCUACCACCCUCACGCCCAUGACUCCAUCGCAGCUUCCGCGCCCUUUCCAUUUGAGCCUAACCCGAGGCAGGAUCAAGAGCUCUUUGCCGCCACCGCUAACAUGAAUGGAUACCCUUCGUUUCCGCAGCGGUCCUAUGCGCCCUCCCCAAACGGCCCGAACAUGUUAAACGCGUCAGGUGCCAACGACGAUAUGAACCCUUUUGAUGUGCUCGACGGGCAGUCGCUCGACGACAUUGUCUCUCAGAACGACAAGGCGAACCGGCGCCGGAGCAUGCCCGUGUCUUAUGGAACCAACCAGAUGCAGAUGGGCAGUCCGGAUAACAGGCGCCUCUCCAUGAUGAGCUUUGGCGAUCCUGCUGCUGGGAAUCUCGGUGACUUCCGCUUCAAUAUGUCCCCCAGGACAGCUAUGGACAGCAUGAUGCGUAACAGCAGCGGAUUUCCCCAAAGCUCAACCGAGCCCCAACCUGAGCGUCCUUCCCCUAACAGUCUCGCAAUCAACACUCAAUUUUCAAAUCAGAAUUCCCCUUAUCAACCUAUGCCACCACCUGGGUCCGCAUAUGCCUCUCCACUGCACCCAAAUGUUUCAUUAGAUGUGGAUAUGACAAGCCCAUAUCCAAACGCCAUGUCCAUGCCUCUCGACAUGACUGAUCCUGCGCUGGGUAUUAUGGGAACCGACAUGAACAUGUUCUCCGGCAGCCAGUUUGGAAAUACGAUGAUGGAUUCGCCUAUUGCUCAAGAAUUUGCAAGUCCUCUUUCUCCUUCUGAUCAGAACCUUGCCAAUUUGCAAGCUCCUGAUCAGUAUGGAAAUGGUUCAAUGGCGGGUGGCGGCACACCCGAUGUACGAUCAGGCAUACCUUCCCGCACCAACAGUCGGGAGCAAAGUAGUGCGCGGUCCAACUCUCGACCUCAAAGUGAGCCGCAUUCUUCAUCCCAGAGCAUUCCAACACAAAUGUCCGCUUCAUCACUACAGGUGCAGGAACCUGUCGCUCCACCCCCGCCGCAGGAUCUGAAUGUGGAUACUUUUAGUCAAAUCAAGUUUCCGUGGACAACCCCUCCAGGGGGAUUCCCAUCGACCAUGACUUCUAACCCUCACAUGAACACCCCGUUCAAAAAUGCCUAUUCAUCGACUGGAUUCGACAUGCUUGGGGUUCUUAUGCGAGUAGCCACAAGGCCAAACCCGCAAAUCGAUAUAGGCUCGGUAGACCUAUCGUGCGCUUUCGUCGUUUGUGAUGCUCAGAUGGAUGACGAUCCAAUUGUUUAUUGCUCAGAAAAUUUCGAACGACUCACUGGCUAUAGCAAACACAUGAUUCUUGGGAGAAACUGUCGCUUCCUUCAAUCUCCUGAUGGCAAAGUCGAGCCCGGUAUCAAAAGGAAAUACGUGGACGAUGACUCGGUUCUGUAUUUGAAGAAUAUGAUAAGCACCCGACAGGAGGCACAGAUCAGCCUUAUCAACUAUCGACGGGGUGGCCAGCCCUUCAUGAAUCUCCUGACCAUGAUUCCUAUUCCUUGGGAAAAUGGUGGAGAAGUGAAGUUCUUCGUCGGGUUUCAAGUCGAUUUAGUGGAGCAACCUGGGUCCAUGCUAAACAAGAAUCCAGAUGGCUCGUAUCGAGUUAAUUAUCAACGGAACAUAUCCAUGCCAAGCUACAUUUUUAAUCCCGAUAUGCACAGGCCCAGCCCGGAAAUGGGACAAACUAUCUCGAAGGAUGAAGUCUCCAACGUUCUGACCACAUAUGGUUCCACAGGUGACUCUGAAAUCACCAGACGUCUCUGGGACAAGGUUCUCCUGGAAAACACCGACGACGUAGUUCACGUGCUUUCUCUCAAAGGGUUGUUCCUUUACCUUUCGCCCUCUAGCAACCGGGUCCUUGAAUACGAUCCGAGCGAACUGGUUGGUACCGCUUUAUCGUCGGUAUGUCACCCCAGUGAUAUUGUGCCGGUCACCAGAGAAUUGAAAGAGACCGGCAAUGGCACAUCAGUAAACGUUGUCUUCAGAAUAAGACGGAAGAAGAGUGGCUACAUGUGGUUCGAGGGCCACGGAUCAUUGCACACUGAGCAAGGGAAAGGACGGAAAUGUAUCAUUCUCGUGGGAAGAGAACGGCCGGUCUAUACCUUGAGCCAGACGAUCGUACGGGCCUCUGGAGGAAUCGGAGACAACGAACUAUGGACGAAGAUGUCUACAUCGGGGAUGUUUCUGUUCGUCUCGUCCAACGUACGCCAACUUUUGGAUAGACAGCCUGACGACCUUGUUGGAACAAGCAUCCAAGCGCUAAUGCGUCAAGACUCGAAGCAAAACUUUGGACGAAUACUUGAGUUAUCAAGGACGGGGAGAAAAGGUGAAGUUAAGCACGAGAUGAUUAAUAAGAGAGGUCAGGUCCUCCAGGCGUUUACGACGAUAUAUCCAGGUGAUGCCGAAGAAGGGCAGAAGCCAACCUUCCUGGUGGGCCAAACCCGACUGCUUAAAUAUUCCAGAAGCGGGCACGGUCAACGCCCGUCAAUAUACACAAAGCAAGACCGCAAUUCUGGGGAUUCGCAAAAUAAUAUGCCAUCGAUGCAAUCAAUACAGUCUGGCGCAUCACCUGUCCACCCAGCUACAGCGACCGAAACUACAGGCUCGAGUACUCCACAGACCAACAUCUCCAUCUCAAAUUUUAAAACCACGGAAGCGUCAGCCGUAACUUACCCAGGCCAGAACGGGCUUGCGAUUGGCCACCAAGAUCAUAGUCUUGCUUCGGAGGACAACGUCUUCGACGAGCUCAAGACGACUAGAAGCACGAGUUGGCAGUAUGAGCUGCGGCAAAUGGAGAAGCGCAACCGCUAUCUCGCCGAGGAAGUGCAGAGUCUGCUUGCUGCGAAGAAGAAGCGCAAGCGGAGAAAGGGUGCUGGUCAGCUACAGAAGGAUUGUGCAAACUGCCAUACACGGACCACUCCUGAGUGGAGGAGAGGACCAUCAGGGAACAGAGAUUUAUGUAAUUCUUGCGGAUUGCGUUGGGCUAAACAGAAUGGGCGCGUCUCACCAAGAGCUUCCUCGCAACACUCGCAACAGAGCGACAAGAGCAAAACGAGUGCUUCGCCGCGCCAUAACCAAUCCAUUCUACCCAAUACUUUGUCCGAUACCGCGGUCCAAUCGACAAUCCCUCCCACGUCAGCACAUGCAGAGAAGCGGUCGCCACAGCAGUCCAACACUGACUCGCAUGCUGCGAAGGUGGCACGUAUGGAGGUUGCCGCCUCGCAGGGCUAUGGCGGUGGUAUUCCUCCCAAGAUAGAUGAAGGCGUUGAGCCCGAUUGAGAGAUCCUUCGGCGCGUAAUUUUUUCCGUGUCUACUUGUUGCAGAUCCAGCACCUUUAUCUCAGAUAUAAUACGAUACCCUUUGUGCGCUAUUUCAACAACACUUCGGUCACCACAUCCUCCCUUCCUUGUCCUCCGGACAGCUCGACGGAUUUUCCGGAUUUGGAUAGAGCCGAUAUAGUCUGCCUUUGGGUAGUUUUACGAUACAGGAUCCCCCGUCUGUUGAAGUUUGGAUUGCUUUUUGCGGAGUCAAGACGCACGACAGCAUUUUAGCUUGGAUAUUUGGCAGCGUCUUAAGAUCGGGAUGGUACCUUUGAGGGUUACAACAUUAGCUGAAUGUUUUCGUUAGGAUGUUAAGUACACGCGAUCCACGGCCGUGGGAUUUGGAAAGGCGUAGGUGAAUAAGCGACGGAGGCGCAACGGCGUUUCUGUCGAAUGUACAUACAUAAAUACUUCGGGCGUGUAGAUGAAACCCAG